AUUGUGCAUUAUGAGACUGCUUCUCACCCUACUGCUCCUCAGCAUCUCUGCAGUAACAUGUGAUAUAAUCUUUCCUCUUGACACACAUACUGGGAUGUGUCAAGAGAUGUGUCCCUAUUUUAAGAAAAAGAGUCCUAAUAAGAAAAUUGCCGAUAAGGAAAUAAACCAAGAAUGCAAGAAAGGCCAAAAAGAAUUGAAAAAAUCGUGUGCGAUAAUGAACAAACUCAGCAAAGAGGACAAAAGAAAUAUGAUGAAGGUAAACAUAUUCUUUCUUUAG